UAGACGGUAGUAGUUAUCGUGAUCGGAAUAUUAUUGGUCUAAUUAUUUUGAUGAUUACCGCUCACUGUAGAAAAUAUUAUCGUAGUGAUAGUAAUAAAUAAUAAUCAUACGUAGGUAAUAAUAAUAAAUAAUAAAAGUAAAUAGAUUAUUAUUGCCGAGGACUGAGGAGACUCGAGUGCAUGGAUAAACGAGCGGAGAGCAGUGAUCGAGAGUAAUGAGACUUGAGUUGAUGAUGCGUCCGUAUUGACUGCCGAGGAUUUACCAUAGGCAAUAGGCACCUAUAGCGAUAUUGUGGUCGCUAUUGAUCGCGUCCUGGGCAUCUUUGGAGAUUAUUGUUUGAAUAGAAUGGCAACGUUUAAAUGGUUUACGGUGUCUGGCAGUACGAGUUCCAGCUAAGAAGAGGACGUUGUCGUUACGUUGUCGCUUCCACGCCAGAUCAAAGGAAACGGGUGUAUGAAUACUGUUAAACACAAGCCGGGAUUGCAACUUCAGUACCUGUUGCAAGGAGGCUCAUAUCGAAACACCAAACUACACGAAAUAACCAUGAUUGGAGCGAUGCCUGCUGUGGCCGUCCGCCACGAACGGCGGAGGCAAGAAAAAAAAGUUGUGUGCGUGAAUAGUCUGAACACCGGUGAUCGGGAAGGUUCAUCGAACACCACUGGAAACCGGAGACCAAGUCUUUUAACACUGCAGUCACCGCAUUCCCAAACUGGCACACCGAUCACAUCUCCACCGUACAUCCAAAACUCAUUGCCAGAUAUCUAUGUCUGUUCAAAAGUGUCCGUACUGCACAUAGCCGUGGUGACCAUACUCAUCGGGGCCAUACUGCUGAUCGUUGGGCUUGUUCAGCUGAAGCCGGGUGCGGACGCGUCUCAGUACAAGCACGUGUUGAUCUUUUCCGGUCUGAUCACAACUCUGGUCGGUAUCCUUACGGCCAUCAUCCGGUGCUGCCUUCUGCCGUGGGUCAUCAAACGCCGACAGAGGAGGUCCACCCCGUCAACGCCUGGCAUGCUGUUGACCGCAUAAUAGAGGAGAGGACGCCGCACCACCACUGCAAGACUAUCGAGAUUUCUGCUUAUAUCUGCUUCACUCACACACACCACAUACACAUUUGUUUUUAGGAUGAAGUGUGUCAAACAUUAUUUAUAGAUAAAAAUAUGUUAUUUAAUUUUUACUCUUUGUCGCCUGCACGAUGUUAUCCGAAAAGAAUCGAUAGUGGAGGAAUUUCGGUCUCGUCCGCGAAAAAAGAACGAGUUCGAUGUAUACGGUAUAUACUAGUCACUAGAUACAUAAAUUUAAUAGACGAUGUAAUGUAAAAUAUCAUCUAAAAUAUUUACAGGUUUUUUAUAUUAAACAGUGGAUCGAUAGUAUAAAUCGAUGAAUUGCGAUCAGUUCUAGCCUGUGGGCUGUGGUACACGAAACGAAUCGAAUCUUCGCCAAAGAUUAUUUGGUGCCUCUAUACACAAUAAAUCAUAUAUUAUAAUUGUAUUUUAUUAUAUAAUACUUAAAUAUAUAUAAUAAAAUACAUAUUUAUACAAUAUGAAAUAUACAGCACACACACACACACAUAUAUACACACAUACACACACACAUACACAUACAAAUACACGGGUCUGUGAUUUUAACUCUCACCGACAUCGUUCGAUGACAGGUCUGAGUAGUGAGUUUAUUAAUAUGUUAUACCUAGUAAGGAAAUUCAAAUAGAAAUCGUUUUGUUCUUGUGUUUUAAAAUUGUAAAGUGGAAAGUUUUUCAUUAAUUUUUGUUCAAGGGUUUAUGAUUUUUUAUCCUCAUAUUUUAUGUCCACAGUAAAUAAUCCCAAACAGUACUUGUAAAUCAAUCCUAAAUUGCUAAAUAGGAUGUUUUAUAUUAUACAGUUUAUACCUAUUAUACAAUUACAAUGUAUAUUUUUAAGGUAUUUAUGGGACCAACAAUAUGAAACAUGAAACCAACAUUUAUGAAUAAUUUUAGUCCGAUUCAUAUGCUACAUAUCUCUAAAUAUUUUAACCAUAAAUAAGCAAUGUAUUCAUUAUACAUAUAUUUGAUUUUUUGAAUAAUUGAAAUCUGGGUCUUCAUUUUGUUUUUGUUAUGUAAUUAUAAUUUAUAAUACCUACAAUUAAAUGUUAAAAAUAUACAAACUUUCAAUUUGCUGGUCCAUAUGUUAAUGUCGAGGCAACAAUAAUUGUGACUUUGCUAGUUUUUGGAUUCAUACCGUAACUUUUGAAGUCUUCCAUUAUUAUUUUUUAUCCUACGUAUGAUGCGUACAUUAUUUUAAUUGACUGACCUUUCACAACUGACCAAAGUAUAAUUUAACCGUUCAAUCAAUAAACUGUAAUGUCCUUAAUCAAAAUAUAGCCAUUUUAUGAUUCGCUCAAAUUUAAUUAAAUUAUGUAUUCUAUGUUAUUGGCCAACUUAAUUUGUAUAAGAAACUUAAUAAAAAAUUAUUAUUGAAAUUCACAACAUGUUCAGUGAUUUUGUUAGUACAAUUUUGACAUAAAUAACGAUCUAUUCUCACAAUCUGACUUUUAAAACAAAGUUGAAAUAAUCUUGAAUCCUAUAUUAAAGGUAUUUGAUAUUACAUGUGAAUAGAAAUAAAUAUAUUUAAAUGUUAGAUACUUAAUUUUAUAAAAAAUUAAUUAGUAUUUUAUAACAGUUUAUCGUUGUUUUUUUUCUAUUUUUUAUAUACUUAUGCUAUCAUUAGCAAUCUCUAAUUUCUCAAGUAAUAAAGAGUGAUUAUUAAAAGGGUGUAGAUAUACAUUUGCUAUUAAAAAACUAUUUAUUUAUAUAAUAAUUGUUUAGUAUAAAUGUUUUACCCCAUUUGUGAAAUAGCCCAAAUCAUGAAACAAGCAAUUAUAAAUUCCACACAUUUUAUGAACUUAGAAAAGUACAAUGGUAUAUUAUAGACUAGUAGUUUACAACCUUUUAAACUAUGCGGCACACUUCAUCUCUUACAAAAUUUUUGCGGCACACCAAUCCAUAUAAUAUGUGAAGCAUAUUUUAUAUAUAUACCUAUAUAUACAUAUAAAUACAUACUAAUAAAACUAUUAAUAGUUUUUUUGAGGCACACUUCAAAAGUGCUCACGGCACACCAAUGUGCCGGGGCACACCGGUUAAAAACCAUUGUUAUAGACAGUAGAGCUUAAACCCCUAAUAUUAAAAAUUAUAGUUUAUUAAUUCUCAGGUUGUCAUGUUUCAAAGUAAUAAUGAUACAAACAAUUUCAUAGAUUAUCAUUUAAAUAUCAUAAGUUAAAAAUGAGUUUCAAAAAUAAAUAUUCUUUAAAAGGUUUCUUUUCUUGUUAUUCCAGACAACCAUAGUGCACAAAUAAUGAAUAGUAUCAAACCUAAUAAUUUUAUAAUUUGAUUGAUUUAUUUUUUUUAUUAUACAAUUUUUGUUACCUACUUACCAGACAUAAUAUAAAUAUAUAUAUUUUUUUUAUUAUUAUAAAAUUUACUUUUUAAACGAAUCCUGAUUAAUUAUUAUACUAUAAAAUAAAAAAUACAUUAUUAAAAAAAAAAAAAAUUACUAAGGUCUAGUUUUUCUAGUUCAUUGAACUGGGAAUUUCACAAAUGAAUUGAAAUGAUGUGUAAUGCAAAUACAUUAGUAAUAUUGUAUAUUAUAGAAAAAAAUAAUGAAUAUACAUUUUUUGUAAUUAUUUUAUUUGUCAUAAAAUUUACAGAACCGUUAUAAUUAACAUACACAAAAUGCUCAUAAGGCUUGUCUAAAUUUGUGAUUAUUUUUAUUUGUUUAAAACGUAAGUGUUUUUUUGUGCCAAAAAAAAAAAAACUAUUUUUAUUGUAACAUUUUCUACAAAAUCUUAAGAAUUUCAUAAAAAUAAUAAUUGUUUUAUUAAAGCUUUUAAUUUAUGUAUGGUAUGAAUAAAUUGUUUAUUCUUGAACCUUUUUGAUAAUCACUCGUUGUUUAAAAAAUUAAUAUUAUUUCAAUAAAUUAUUUUAUUUUAUACUAGGUAUAAUGAUAAAAAAUGGUAGCAUCAAUAAUGUUCUCUUAUAAUGUGUCUAAUAUUUAAAAAAUAUUUUUUCGGUAUUUUUUACACAUGGAUAAAAUAAGUAAUUACUAAAUGAUCAAUCACUAUUAUGUUUAUUGAAAUUUUUUAAGAUCACAUAUGUUGAAUAUUUGUAUUCUGUUGAUCUGUUAAUUCUUAUGAUAUUUUAUUUUUAACGUUAUUACAAAUUAAGGAAAAUAAAUAUAAGUUACCUUCCAGGAAUUUUUACCAAGAAAAAUUGUGAUAAUGUUAGUAAUUUUUAGAAGUAAAACAUAUUUGAAUACAAAAUUGAAAAUGUAUGUUUGAUAAGAAUAUAUUAAGUAGUAUUUAAUGCAAUCGCACUUAUAAUCCGCCCAAUCUAAUCUCUUAAUUAUUUGGUUUUGUAUAUUUUGUUCCAUUGUUUAUUCAAAUUGUUAAUUAAUGUGCCAUGUAUAAGGUGAAUAUAUAUAAAUUAUGUGUAUAAUAAUAAUUAAUAAAAGAUAUAAAAAAUAAGUACCUACAAUAGUUCAUAAUUCAUAGUAUCUACCUUAUUAUAUAGUUCUUUUCAAGCUAUCACCAGCAAAAUACAAAUAAUAGUUAUAUAUCAGUCAAUGCUUUGCAAUGCUAAACAGAAAAAUAAUUGUCUAAAUAAAUUAUUUAUAUCUUAUUUUCAUAUUAAGCUAUUUUUGUAAUAAAAAAAAAAAAAAUAUUCUUUUUGUUAUUUACCUAUAAUUCUGCGUUGCUAACAAGAAAUAUUCAGUUUACAUAUUAGCAUGGUAAAAUUAUUAUUAAGUACUUACUACAUUAUUGGUAUUUUUGUUAUUAUAAUUAUUGUUAUUAUUAUAUUUGUGUAUUUUCUAUUGUACUAUACAACCUGCCAUGCACAUUUGAAUAAUUUUUAUUAUUUUAUUAUGUUUAAAUUUUUAAGACGUCCAUAAGGAUUUUGUUUUUUUUUUGUUUUAUGCAACAUAAUUUUGUUUAAAGUAACAUUUGAGACUUCAGUGAUAACAUAUAUAUGUAUUAUGUAUAUGUAUAUAUAAUAUAUAUUCAAAAUAUUAGCUGUGUACCUAUAUUAUUGAUAAAAUUCAUAAUCAAUUUUUCUUAUAUAUAUUAACGAAAUGUUUACUUAAAUGUGUUUAAUAAAUGAAUAAUAACUUUA